UCUAGGCCGCUCAGAGGGCCAAGGUGUUGCUUUUUUCUACUAACCUGUCCUCGCUGUGCUAUUAACUGACGCUGUUGCUAGUUUCGGUAGUAGCCAUGUCCUGCAUCAGGAGAUUUGGCUCUAUUGUGCUGUGAAAUGAGAAGGGGAAAUGUCCGGAGCAUAGAUAGAGGCCGGCUAGGGGCUGUGAGCGAGAAGGCGGUGUCUGCUGUCGUUUCUGUUGUUGCUGCCGCUGCGUACUCAGGCCCUGCAGCCUGGCUCAUCUCCUUUUUCUCGGGAGCUGUCAGUCGCGAGGGCAGGGGUGAGGACGUCGGAGGGAGCGUGCUGAGAGACUGAUCUGUAUACGUAAGUGAACUCGAUCUCGGUUCCUUGACUCGGUGAAAGGAGGAGUACAGAGGUCUUUAGCCGAUGCUGAAGAGCUUAAUUCCUGGGCUGAGUGCCCCCUUCAGGAGUGAUACAGUAUGCGUGCAUGCGUACGCGGGGUGAGAGAAAUGGACCUGGCACAGCCUGUGGGGGCUAUGGAGCAGCCAUCGCCCCUUGUUCCAGCCGGAGAGGUUUCAGAAGAUCCAGCUCUAUCCAGCAGCCCUCCAGAGAGGGAGAAGGAUCGUCAGCAGGAUGAGGAUGAUGAUGCAGGAGACAAGAACAGCAGCUGCCCCUGGGAGCAGAAUCUAAGCCCAGAGCUGCAGCAGGGGUACCGCAUCCUCUGCGAGUUUCUCCUGGAGAAGCACCGGCCGCUGACAGCACCUUUUCUGAAGCCACUCACAGAUCAGGCAUCCAUCAGAGAUGAAGGAGGAGCUGCAUCCCAGUCAGUUUAUAACAGUAAUCUCUCCUUUCAGCAGUCAUCAGCUGGAAUGUGGCUGCUGAAGAUGGAAGAGAAAUUUUCCAGUGGGCAGUACACAGGGAUAACAGAUUUCGUGGCUGACUUCCGACUGAUGCUGGAGAUGUGUUACCGGCUUCAUGGUGUGGAUCACUGGCUAUCCAAACAGGCCCAGAAGCUGGAGAUGAUGCUGGAACAGAAGCUGGCACUGUUGUCCCGGCAUUUGAGAGCAAAAACAACAAUAGCUGUAACAUCAAGAGGGUGCUAUGGGCUGGAAGAUGAGAAGGGAGCAGCAUGUGCUUCAACAAGACGUCGCUCUGCACCUCGUGCUUUAGUAGGCUUAACAACAGGUGUCUUUGAGUCCAUAAUGGUCCAGGUUCUGAGACAAGAAGAACAGCUGAGAGCAAAGGAAGAAAAGAGGCUGAGAGAGCAAGAAAGAAAAGAAGCAGAAGAAGCUAGUCAGAAAGAAAUGGAAGAAUGGGAAAAGUCACUUUUAGCUCAAGCAGCGCCUACGAGGAUGGAGACAAUGUGGGAAAUUCCAGCUAUUGGUCAUUUCCUUUGUUUAGCUCAACAGAUUUUAAACUUACCAGAGAUAGUGUUCUAUGAAUUGGAGCGUUGUCUUCUGAUGCCUCAAUGUAAUGCUUUUUUAUCUAAAAUAAUGACUUCUUUGUUAAGUCCUCCUCAUUGCAGAUCUACCUUGCAUCGAAAACCAACGCUUCCUUAUGGGACUUGGGAAGCAGCACUUAGACAGAAAGUGCAGCAGUGGUAUACUGUUGUAGGGCAAACUGACGACCCUAGUGGCUGUGCAGAAAAACUUGGGCUGUGUCCCCAAUUCUUUGAAGUCCUUGGAGAAGUUAAUCCUUUGGAGGAAAAACCAUUUCACGAGCUCCCAUUCCACCAAAAAGUGUGGCUGCUAAAAGGUCUCUGUGACUUUGUGUAUGAAACGCAAAAAGAUGUCCAGGAUGCUGUGCUAGGUCAGCCUAUCCAUGAAUGCAGAGAAGUAAUCCUUGGUUAUGACUACUUUGAGAAUGCCUAUGUUCAUUUUCCACAGUUCUGUGGUGCAGAUGUUCGGAUUUACAAACAAAAACCUUUUCAGGCCCCAGAAUUUCCAACUCCUGCCAUCAAAGUAAAAAAAGUACCACGAAUUAAAUUGGAGAAAGCAAAAUGUGAACAUGUGAACAAAAGCAAUGAGGAAGUUGCAUCUGAUGGCAGGGAAGAGCUGCUACCUUGUGCCAACACAGAACCAGGGAAAAGUUUUAAUUACAUUGUUUGCUGUCCAGGAAAAAAAAUUCACUUGGAUAGCUUUAGUGUCACCACAGAAGAAAUAAAACUUAACUGUGAAAUAAAAACUGAAAGAGUCUGUGACAUCAAAAAAGGUGCUUGCUGCAAAGAGAACUUGGAGAAGACAAUUAAUCCAGGAGAGAUCAUUGGCUUUGGAGAACUACUUGGCACAGGAGAAAUUAGAGUUGUAGAAAAUUGGGAGAACUAUGAUAAAGCUUCCAUAGUAAAAACUGAGCCCAGCCUGUUAAAAGGGAAUACCCUGAAAACAUGCCAAAUGCAUGUCAAUCAUAAUGGCAAUCCAGAAAUGAUUUGCCACAAAAUCACUAAAGAAACAACGUUGGAGAACUCACUGCGAAAUAAUAAGAAACUAAAACUUACUAAUAUGCUGGCAAAAAAGAAGAAAAAGAAAAAAAAGAAGUUAAAAGAUACUUUAAAUGAAAAUCUCCAGAGAAAACUUGACGACUCUCAAAGAAAGCGUGAGAUUCAUUCUCAUACGUUCAAAUCUUAUAAAUCUGAGAUUCAGAACAAGUUGUUCAUAAUCAAAAAGACAGCAAAACACAAGCACAAAUCUGGGAAAAAGUCCAUAUCUAAAAAAGCAAUCAGAAAGAAGAGGAAAGCUGUUGCAAAGUCUGCUGUACCAGAAUUUCAGCUUAUUUGCACUAACCUUGAUGAACUCAGGGAGUUAAUCAAAAAGAUUGAGAAUGAACUCAUGGAUCUGGAGGACAUGAAAAAGAAAUCGGUCAAUGCUGCUAAUAAGAGGCAGAAGACCAUUCAUGCAGUCAAGACUGUCCUGUUAGACCAUGAUUACUGCGGAAGCAGCAAGACCCAGGCUUUGGGAUGCAGACUGGAGACCCAUGCUCUUAGAGGCCACAGCUACUGCAGAAAGAGCAAGGGGAGCAGUAAGGGCAAUGGGGGUGCUGCAGAACUGAAAGACCAUGAUUAUUAUCAGAGUGAUCAGGAAAGGGGGAAAUUAACUGUUUUUCCAGAACAAAAUGAGACAGAAGCAGAAAAGCCCCUUGAGACUCCUGUGGACCCCGACCCUGUUGUUAAGGAAGUGCUGGAUAAUGUGCAUCCACAGUAUAAGAAGAAUGCCCAAGUGCUCCUAGUACUCAGUGUGAUGACUUCUAGAUACCAUCCUGUUACAGACAAUGACAAAUAA